ACUUACUGUUUUUGUAUCCUUUGACAGUUUGGAAAUGCAUCUUCGUAAGAUUUGCCUCGAUGAUCACUCAAGGAUUCCUCAACUUGUCCUUGAAUAAGGUUGAGAGUUGCUUUAAGAGGAAGUACAUAUCUUUGGAAAAGUUGCCAUUAAAACACAACACAACUUUGCAGUUUCUACCUCUUACAAAAAAACGAAAGUUUGAGUUUUUCAAAGGAUAUGAAAGACGAUUUUCUGUUGCGCCAACUGUCGUGACUUGUAGUGGAAGAUUGCACGAUUAUCAGAGACCUUUGUCAGAAAAUCGCAAGUGGACUUUUGGAGAAGAACAUUCGGAGGUCCAAGACCCGUCUACAACAAAGGGCACUAGAAGUAAGUUUGAAAUCUUUGCAGUGGGAUUGGCUGCGGUAUUGCUUCUGAGUUAUUUAUGUUUGAUUCGGGGAAAUGGAAACUUUUCUAUUAUGGAUGCAACUGAACCCAAGUUUGCUGUAACGGCGAGGGAAAUGUUGCAACGUGGUGACUGGUUGACACCUCAGUGGAAUAAUCGUUUGAGAUUUGAUAAACCUCCUUUAACAUAUUGGCUUAUGGCAAUUUCCUACCGACUAUUUGGUUUAAGUGAGUUUUCUACCCGCCUUCCUACAUGCUUGGCUGGUACUUUGAUGGCCAUGGCUAUUUACCUUGCAGGUUGGAAGUUUUCUUUGCUUCCUUCGACACGUUGUCGUUUUAUUACUGGUUUGGUUUCUUCCAUAAUUUUCUUGUGCAAUUUAUUUACAAUUGGCUGGUCAAGAGCAGGUGUAUCAGAUAUGCUUCUAUGUUUUCAUACGGGAGCAGCUUUGUUAUGUUUCUUUACAGGAUAUUCUUUGAUACCUAAUAUUGGAGAUGAAACCUAUUUAGAGAAUCCACUCUUUCCUUGGAACAAGUUCAAUACAAUAUUGGCCAAAAUAGAUCCUCAAAAUACAAAAAGAAUAUGGAUACGAACAUCCAAAUUGUUCUAUUGGAUGUUUUUUGUGUUUUGUGCUUUGGCAGUCUUGACAAAGGGACCUUUGGGUUUAUUCUUACCUAUUAGCAUCAUUUCGUUGUUCUUAUGGACCACAGAAAACUUGAAACAAGUUGUCUUGUCGGAGAUUCCUUGGAUUCCUGGAAUAAUAUCGGGUUCCUUUAUAUGCUUGCCAUGGUACAUUCUUAUUAUACAAAAACAUGGUUGGAAGUUUAUACAGUCCUUUUUUGGUUACCAUAACAUGAAUCGGUUGACUUCAGCAGUGAACGGCCAUACUGGACCAUUUUAUUAUUAUUUGCCUAUUUCGUUGAUAGGAUUCUCGCCUUGGAUAUUUUUAAUACCAGCAGCUAUUGCCUUUUAUCAUCCUUUAGAAAAAGCAUUAUGGAAAAGACGGUCUCGUUAUAGACAGUUUCCAUUAUUUUUGUGCAUUUGGGUUCUCUUUGUUUAUACUUUCUUUUCUUUGAUACGUACUAAGCUACUGAGUUAUGUCAUUCCAGCAGUCCCUGCAGCAUCUCUUCUUCUCGGUGUUUUCUUUGGUAGACUUCAUUGCUUAAACGAGGAAACAGACUUUGCUAUACCUCCUAAAACAACGUAUUCUCAUGAAAAGUCGAUGAGUUGUGUAUCUGACAAUUUAGACAAGGCUCAAGAAAUGACGGAGAAUUCAAAACCAAGUUCAGAAUGGUCACGGAAUAUUUUCGAAGAGCGUUCAAAAUAUAUCUUUCAAGAAAACAAAUUCUACAUGAAAUUGUUUGCUACUUUAACGACACUAUGGAUGUUCAUUUGUUCUGCUUUCGCGUUCUCGGUUGUGCAAUUUGUAGAAAGAGCAACAGGAGAUCCAGUGGUUUUGUCUCUUUGCAUACAAAAGCUUCGAUCUCAAAUGUUCUCGUGGCGUGGAGGAAUUCCUUGGUUACUAGCUGGUUUGUUUUCUUUUAUUCAACUCACUUCGAAAAAGGAAGGAACUCGAUAUAUUCGUCGAAUGCGAUGGUUAUUUGUACCAUUAUCAAUGGGUUUUCUCAGUUUUCUUUUACUUUUCGUCCAACCCGCUAUCAAAAUAUGGGAUUCUGCUUGGCAACAACCACUCAAGGAACUAUCCCAAAUUGCUGGCACUGUGUCGACCAACCAAAAAGAACUUUAUAUGCUGGCAUAUGGGCAGUGUGACGGUGACAUGGAAGGACAACCUUCCGUAGUCUGGUAUAGCCAACGCAACUGGAAGUCGCACGAGGAUCCAAAACAAUUCCUAGCCAAUUUGGCACAGGAGAAUGACCCAAAUAUUAUUGCUCUUGUAGAACAUCGCCUGUGGAAGAAAAUACCCUUAGAAGGAACACUAUCAAACGACAUUGAAACUAUUGCUGAACGUGGGGGUUUCAGUCUAGUCCGUCUUUCACCGGAAGUUGCAAAGACCAUUCUUAGUCUAUGGGGAAGUCAGUAAAGGUUUUGUAAACUGCCCAAAGCUUUCAAAGUUUCUUGUUCCAAACUGAGUCUAUCCUUGGAGGGUUUCCUGUGCUUCCAAAGUGCCAACCACUUGUCUUUGGAGUUUUUCUUUCUGGGGAGUUGUUUCUUCUUCACUGGGGUUGUUUUUUUGGUAGGUUUUAGGUUCUUCAUAUGCUGCUGCAACUGUUUUUCGAAUAAUCCGUUAAGUUGUUUUGUUGAAGUCUUCUUCACCAUGAAAUUCGUGAGUUUCCUAAUGAAUCAAUCGAUUGUCAACGCAAUGCGUAAACAAAUGUCGAAGAUCCCUUUUCAAAAGAGAGCAAGAUAGCUUAAAGGAUGGAUUCGUACAUUGUUUAGAAGUGUUUGGUUGAGACAGAGAGAGAUAAAACCAAAUUGCAUCUC